CAGAAACAACAGAAAAGUAUCUGCAUUUUUGGUUCCUUCUUCUUCUUCUUCUUCUUCUUCUUCUUCAGUGGGAUGAAACCCUAAAACAGAGAAGAGACAGCAAUGAGCUCAAUCUCCCCAAAACCUCCAUUAAACCCUACCCAACUGACUCAAACAAUCAUCGCUCUACUCGGCUCCUCCUCCUCCAAACCGCUAUUUCGCCAUGACUCCCUCACUCCAUACCUUCCCCACCUCACGCCGCCGGUAAUCCACUCCGUCUUCUCCUCCGGAGCUCUCUCUUCUUCCCCUCACACUCUCCUCUCUUUCUUCCGAUGGGCCCACUCCAAUGUCCCCUCCUUCUCCGCUAACCCUCUCCCAUCGCUUCUCCAUCUCCUCUUAUCCCUCCUCUCCAGAAAGAAAUUCUCCGACGCCAAAUCGCUCCUCGUUAACUUCAUCCCUUCCGAUCAACCGAAGAACGAGCUCCACCGCCACCUUCUCCGCCCAUCUCCGCCGCUUCCGAAGCCCUCCAAGGCCCUAUUGGACACUGCAAUCGGCGCGUAUUGCCAUUGCCGACGCCCUCACCUCGCUCUCCAGGUUUUCAAAAAAAUGAGGCGUCAUAGUCUGCGCCCUAAUCUGCUUACUCUCAACACUCUCCUAAUUGCGCUGGUAAAGUAUCCUUCUGCUCACUCUGUACAUUUCUGUAAAGAAUUGCUGGACGAUGCAAUUAAGCUUGGUUUAGCUCCAAAUACUAUGAGUUUUAACAUUUUGAUUAAUGGGCAUUGUUUAAAGAACAAGUUUAAGGAUGCUAUUAAAUUGUUGUAUAAGAUGGAGGAAUUCGGGUGCAGACCGGAUAAUGUAAGCUAUAAUACUGUUUUGGACGGGUUGAGCAAGAAGGGUAGAUUAAAAGAGAUCCGCGAAUUGCUACUGAAUAUGAAGAACAAGGGGCUUCUUCCUAAUAAGAACACUUACAACAUUUUGGUGAGUGGGUAUUGUAGAAUUGGGUUGUUGAAGGAUGCUGCUCAGGUUAUUGAGCUGAUGACACGAAGCAAUACCCUGCCUGAUGUUUGGACCUAUAACAUGUUGAUUAAUGGGCUUUGUAAUGCAGGAAAGAUUGACGAGGCGUUUAGGCUUCGGGAUGAGAUGAAAGGCUUGAAGUUGUUACCUGAUGUGGUGACUUAUAAUACAUUGAUGAAUGGGUGUUUUGAUAGUGGAAUGAGUUCAGAGGCGUUUAAUUUACUUGAUGAAAUGAGUGAAAAUGGUUUGAGACCUAAUGAGGUUACUUAUAACAUAUUGAUCAAAUGGUAUUGCAAGGAAGGGAGGAUGAAUGAUGCUACCGAUACUGUUCGGAAGAUGGAUGAGAAUGGAUUUUGUCCUGACUGUGUUUCAUACAAUACUUUGAUUAGUGGGUUUUCUAAAAGGGGAAAUCUUGCCGAGGCAUUUAAAGUAAUCAACACAAUUGGAGAAAAAGGAUUGAAGAUGGAGACUGUAACACUAAACACAGUCCUGAACACACUUUGUCAGGAAAAGAAUCUUAGUAAGGCUUAUGAGUUGCUGACUAGUGCCACUAAACGUGGCUAUAUUGUUGAUGAAGUAAGCUAUGGCAGUCUAAUUGUUGGCUACUUCAAGGAUGGAAAUGUAGACAGAGCUCUUAAGCUUUGGGGUGAGAUGAAAGUGAAAGAGAUCAUUCCUAGUAUUGUCACAUAUAAUUCUCUAAUUGGAGGGCUCUGUAAAUCAGGCAAAACUGAGCAAGCUAUAACUAAGUUCAAUGAACUUUUGGAGAAUGGGUUAAUUCCUGAUGAGAUAACAUACAACACGAUUAUUCAUGGAUACUGCUGGGAGGGGAAUGUUAGGAAAGCAUUUCAAUUUCACAACAAAAUGGUUGAGAAUUCAUUCAAACCUGAUAUCUAUACAUGCAACAUUCUUCUUCGUGGACUUUGCAGGGAAGGAAUGAUUGAAAAAGCCAUUAAUCUCUUCAAUACAUGGAUUGAUAAAGGGAAACAGCUUGAUGCAGUAACCUACAAUACACUGAUAACAGCCUUAUGUAAGAAUGGAAGGCUAGAGGAUGCUCUAGGCCUUGCUGCUGAAAUGGAAUUGAAGAAACUAGGGCCAGAUAGUUACACUUACAAUGCCAUUGUUGAAGCACUUACUAAUGUUGGAAGGGUUAGGGAAGCAGAAGAGUUCACUUCAAAAAUGAUUGAGAUGAGAAUAUCAUCUAGUGAGUCCAUUGGAAUGAAUAAGGGGGAAGAAGACGUCAGGGGUGAGUCUUCAGUGGAACAGGACAUGAGCUCUAUUGCUCAGUCAGAAGAGAUUAAUGAGCUUUGUGCUCAAGGGAGAUAUAAGGAUGCAAUGCAUAUCUUUGGAGAACUUACUCAGAAGGGUGUUUUCAUACCAAAGUCUACCUAUAUCACUUUAAUGUAUGGACUCAUCAAGAGGAGAAAAAGUAUCUCCAAAGCAAGGUGAACUUGAUAUGCUGCUUGUUGGCUACACUCGGUGAUUAACAUAAAUGGGAGAAAGGAGCCUAGUGAAUUUCAGGUCUGAAGUUUCUUACAGUGCACACUCCAUGGGUAUUGUAAGGUGAGAAAAGCAGUUUGCAAGAGAUGAGUAUGGAGCCUCUAAGACUGUGUCAAAAGGCAAGUGACACCUGCUACAUAAAGUCUCCAUUUUUAUUCCAUUCUUGUGAUUAUUAAUUUCAUUAAGUAUACUUGUCUCCAUUGUGCUCUGCUACAGUUUCUGACCCAACCAUUAUUAAAUGCCGCAUUCUGCUUACUAUAUCUUGUGUACACAUUUCAAAGAUCAUUACAUAAUUAAUACGAGCAUAUCCUGAUUAAACUAACCAUUGCAUAAACCAUUAUCCAUCACAACAGUCUUUGAUUAAUCUAGUUGACUCUGAUCAAAAUCUGCCAUGUUUUUGCUUCUGGUUCGAGAAACCUAGCUUGUGUAUGAAAGCAAGAAGAUGAAGGGAUCUGAAUGCAUAUAUACAUACAUACAUGACAGCCUCACAUGUUGGAGUAGGAGAAGUGGUAUCCAACCCUACAGUAAUUGACCUCCAUUACAGUUCCAAGCAUUUUCAUAUUCUGUCAUAGAUCAUCACAAUAUAGAUAUUUAUAUAUGUGUGGACUUAUUGCAGACAUCUAGAAUCCCCACAGAUAUAAUAUAUGUUCCAUUAGUUUCUGUACAACUUGUAUGUAUCUGUGUGUAGUAUCUUUGUAUAAUAUAAUCAUAUAUCUGUUAGACUUGUUAGGAUGGUGAGUUGGUCAUACAUACAUUAUUACAUUUUCAAAUACAAUAGUGGGUAUUUGCCUGCAAAAUA